UGGAGCUUGUUUCCGGCCACCUCAGCGGGAAUCGGAGACGCGAGCAGCUGGGUCUUUGGGAACUGAGGUAGAGGUAUAACUGUUGUCGCGGCGGAGCAAGUGAAGACGCACCUACGGCCGUCCGGGCCAGUGUUGAGUUUCCGUAGCCUGUGAAGAUGGUGUUGCUCACGAUGAUCGCCCGAGUGGCGGACGGGCUCCCGUUGGCCGCCUCGAUGCAGGAGGACGAACAGUCUGGCCGGGACCUUCAACAGUACCAGAGUCAGGCUAAGCAACUCUUUCGAAAGUUGAAUGAACAGUCCCCUACCAGAUGCACCUUGGAAGCUGGUGCCAUGACUUUUCACUACAUUAUUGAACAGGGGGUGUGUUAUUUGGUUCUGUGUGAAGCUGCCUUCCCUAAAAAGUUGGCUUUUGCCUACCUAGAAGAUUUACAUUCAGAGUUUGAUGAACAGCAUGGGAAGAAGGUGCCAACUGUGUCUAGACCCUAUUCCUUUAUUGAGUUCGAUACCUACAUUCAGAAAACCAAGAAGCUUUACAUUGACAGUCGUGCUCGGAGAAACCUAGGCUCCAUCAACACUGAAUUGCAAGAUGUGCAGAGGAUCAUGGUGGCCAAUAUUGAAGAAGUGCUACAACGGGGAGAAGCUCUCUCAGCAUUGGAUUCGAAGGCUAACAAUUUGUCCAGUCUGUCCAAGAAAUACCGCCAGGAUGCGAAGUACUUGAACAUGCGUUCCACUUACGCCAAACUUGCAGCAGUAGCUGUAUUUUUCAUCAUGUUAAUAGUGUAUGUGAGAUUCUGGUGGCUGUGAAGUAGUGAAUCCAGUCACUGGCAAGGAAGAACCUAGAACCCAGCAGGUGUAUGUUUUCAGGAAGCUGAGCUCACAGAGAUGCGUAUUAGAAUCCAAGUGGAACUUCUGCCUCUAAAGACCUUGCAAGGAAAGACAUGUCCUGAAAAUGAAAGAUUACGCCUCAUUUAAUGAAGCUUAGCCCUAUGUAGAAAGUGUCUUUUGGGGGCAGAGGCUUUCUCUGGGUGCUAAGCCAUAUAUGUUAGGGAACAGUAGAUUGUUUUAUUUGUUUUUUUCCCUCCCAGUGUUUUACAUUUUUAAAACAGCACUGACUGGGCAUUCUCAUCUCUAAUGGAGCCGUCAGUGAGGUUUGGCUUAACCAACCUGUGCUAGCAACAGUCUGAAAUCCCUUCAGAGAAGGCAGCCCUUUGGAAAGUUUUUGGACUCUGUUUAAUCAACAUUCCGUUUGUUGGUGACACUUGUGAUUUUUCAGGAAUCUGAGUUGUUGAUGGCCUUUUAAACAAGACUCCAGUAUGUGAAGGUUAAUUGCUGUGCUGCAAGAGAUCCUGUCUAUUGGCCCCUGUAGGAAGUUAACCUUUGUUGUUUUCCAUUUAUGAUGUUUUGCUUAUUGCACAAUUGCUUUAGGGUUAAAUGAAUUAUAUUGAUGCCUUGAAAUUAUAGCACUCCGUGAUUAAGAAGCUAAAAUGUUUUCUGUCAUUUACUCCUUAAAAGACUUAAAUGUUUUGUUUGGGACAUUCUGAAUUUUAUUUUUCCGCAUCUGGUUUAUAUUAAUCUAAGAGUGAAUGUAGCAUACUGAUAGCCAGAGGCCCCUGACUUAGUGACAAAGAGAGGCCGGCUCAUGACUACAGCUUUGUCCUGCCCUUUUCUCACUUUUUCUCCACUACGAUUUUCCCCACUCUUCCUCCUGCCACAAUUUGCUAACAUUUUUUAAAUUCCUCUAUGUCCAAUAGUUUCAUGUCCCUCUCAGGAUAUCCUCAAAUUUCAAAAUGGAAAAUAUUCAGUUGCGUAGUUAAUUAAAUUGAAAUUUUUCAGAGCAACUACUCAAACUACUAAACACAUUUAUCUGAGAAAAUCUGAGAGCACCUUGUAUCUGCUUCAGUUAUGUAAUUCUCUGAGAAUGUUCCAGAAAUAGGUAACUCAUUUACAGUAGCUUCUAUUAACAAAUAAAAGUACCUAUGAUUUUUCCCUUUUUUGCUCAGGGAUAAUGGGAAUUUCCUUUUACCUUCUGAGGUAGAAUUUUUUUAAAUGGGGAGAAUAGGCCUUUUAAAUAUUGUCACAAGGGUCUACAAUAUAACCUAUAAUUACUACACAUACUGCAAACAUUUCUUUAAAUUGUACAGGAAAAUGAGCCUACUUCUUAAAAUCUUUGGAAAGAACUUUAACCAGUAAGCAAUUUUAUAACUCAGGAUCAUCAAACCUACUGUUCUGAUUCCUGAUAGAGAAAAAAAAUUCUGUUUCUUUAAAACAAGGCAAGGAGAAAUGCUUAUUUUAUUCCUGAUAAUUUACAGAACUAGAAUAAAACUUUUUUCUUUCCAUUUUGGACCUAUGUCUGCCAAUUGGAGUUUUGUGCAUGAAAUAAGAAGUUACUUUUUAUAGCGAAUAAGUGCUUUGAAGUCCCUAAAAGGCUUAUCCUAAGUAAUGAUAUUGGUAAUAAAAGCCUUUGAAAGGCUGAAAACCUAAGUAUUGGUACCAUAGCAUUUGGUACUUUUGUAGGAGUGGAGAGUGGCAGCUCGUUGAGAGUUGCCUGCUGCAACCAAGUAGUCAGCAAUGAAAUAAAUACUUCUAGAAUGUU